AUGGAGGUAAAUUAGCUACAAUUACGGGUAUACGUUAUUGCGGGUAUAUAUGUAAUAUUUAUAUUAUACACAUACAUGCAUGUACCUCAUUUUUAAUUAUAGUGCAAUAUAUUUCUUGUAUAGCAUGGUAUGAAUCCUGUGAUAUGGGCAGCCGGUCGUGGACACACAGCCGUGGUAGAGGAAUUACUUAAUGCUGGUGCCAACCCAGAUUCGUGUGAUAAGGUAUUGCAUGUAUACUGUUCAAAUAGGGUCAAAUUACGUGCAUAUACCAUAUAACUUGCGAGUCAUAUAUACAUCCUCGGAGCGAAAAUCUGUUAUAAUAAUACCGGAUGUCCCAACAACUGAAGCUGAAACUAGAAUAGCUGUGGUACUUCAGAUAAGUUGUUUAGGAAAGGCUACCCCAAAUAUUAGUAUAACACUUGACUUUUCAGGCUAUACUGGCCGAGAAAUAAAUGUUUGAAUUUGAAGUACCGGUUUCGAAAAUUAGUAAAAAGACUCGAAAUAGACCGACCUAUUAAACUAAUUUGCAUUUAUUUAUUGUUGGUAUACACGUUUAUUGCCUAUUUCAUUAACGUUUAACUUGAAUUACAGAUUAUUUUGUUCGUCUUUUUGCCAAUUGACCUUGGGAAUUAAAGCAAAAUUAAAACAUUUGGAUUCUACAUAACCAACAGUCAAGAAACAUGAGACAACUUGGUCACUGAGCCAAUUGAUUAUACUAUAAGCAUGGCAAAUUUCGAUAAACAAAUGAUACAAUAUUAUUCUGUUGGCAUAGUUUCCCAGUGAGACGAAGCAAUAACUAAGGCUUGGGUAAUUAAUGCAAGGUUUCUCAGUUCAUAUUGAUAUUCAAAAAAGACCAUGCGUAUUUUAUUUGACAACAAUAAACAGUUAAUGGAAGAGUUUUUUUGAUAUCCAUAAUUAUCAAGGCCGAUAAGGUCGAGACCGAGAAUCGAGAUAAUUUCGGUUAUCACAAAAACCGAAUUCAAUAACUGCUUUAUUUUACAUUUGCAUUUCCAUGCAUUAACUCUUUCGACAAACAAUGAUUUAUUAUUUCGAGAAAAUGAAAAUAUUGAUGAAGAAGUAGAAAAAGCAAGGCAGAAUAUCGUGUGGAGUUGCAUGUGCAUGGUGCGCACCUCCCCCGACAUCGCUUUGGGAAAAUCAAUGAGAGAUAAAACGCCCCAAGUGAACAGUUAACUAUAAUAUUUCUUACUGAUUUUUUUACAUGUCGCUUACUGUAAGAUCUAUAUCUUGCAACAAGCUUUUCUUUAAAAUUGAGAAAGUGAUAGCCAUUCAUCACUGUGCCAAGUACCCUUUUUGUGUAAUAUUUCGAAAGGAACUUUGUAAUAACGUGAUGAAGAGCAAAAUUGGAUGAGGCAGUAAAUCAUAAUUCAUAAAUACUGUUGAUAUGUGCAGUACAUCCGUACGUUACGUACUGUAGGUGACUUUAGAGGGGUAUGUUCUAAGCCCUAUCAUAUCAUGAUUGCCGUGAACUGGAUCGCUGCACCUGCCCUAAACUUUAAAUUGUUCCACCUUGAAAAAGAGAAAACAACUUAGAUGGCGAAAAGAGGAGAUUGACAACAGAACUAUGAUCGAAUGGUUCUCUGUAUAAUUGAUUCAAUGAUUAUAAAUGGUCGAAGGUGACCUGAUUAUGCGGUUCUUUCUUUAGUAUGGCACGUCAGCCCUGGUUUGGGCAGCUCGCAAAGGACAUGUUGAUGUUAUUAAAAUACUACUGGAUAAGCAAGCUGAUGUCAGUAAGUCUGGAAGUGUAAGUGCAAUAUUAAUACAUUAUUGAAGUCAUUAAUAAAUCAUGAACAAAAUUCAAAAGAAAUCAAUGUUUAAAGAUGAGUAUUAUGAGUAUUCGCGUAUACAAUAUAAAUUCUCGUGAUUUGCAUAAACGUUUUCCUCGAUUCCCUCAGUUACAACCACAUCUUUUUGAAUAAUUUCAUAAAACACAACCGUUGAAAUUAAUCUUUGCUUUUCACAAGGUAUAUACAGCAGUCGCGUCCUGGUUGUAUCAGACAUACAACCUGUCGCCUUCGGCUCGAGUUUGUAUAUCAGCUGAUACAAUACGACCGUUCAUGCUCUAUAUAUUACGUAAAAUGUAUUACAGCCAAUGGCGAAGCUAGCCAUGCUUGCUACUGGUCAUGCUAUAUGCUAAUGAACCUGCACCUAAAUAAGUUAAAGACAAUACAUUUGUCAAUAAAGGUUUGAAUAAUGCAAAUCAUAAACAAUUUUGGUAGCAUAACCUGUUGCUAUAUGGCCGGCUUCAGCAGUGAGCACUGAUCACAGCUAGUAUACAUUGCCGGAUAUAACAAUACAGUGCAUUAUAAUACCGUAUAUAGAGAGACAGUACUAUAGUAACUUAAAAUACGGUGCAUUACAAAAAGUGCAGUAAAGUGGAUUAGCGUACAGUGCAGUGCAGUACAGUACAGUAUACAGUAAAGUGCAAUGCAAUGCAAUGCAAUGCAAUGCAAUGCAAUGCAAUGCAAUGCAAUGCAAUGCAAUGUAAUACACAGUACACUCCAGUACGUACUAGAUAAAACAUGAGCAGAGCAGCCGAUCUGUAUCUGAUAUACAAACUCGAGCCGAAGGCGAGAGAUUGUAUAUCAGAUACAGAUCGGAUGCGAAUGUUUUAUCGUACUUAAAAAAUGACCCAUCUGAUGAGUUCAUCGGCGAAGUAAUUUUAAAAAUAAACAUUGUCUAAGCCGAGAAAAUCAAAGCUGAAGUUUAUGCAAAUCAGGACAAAUCUUUAUCCGAUUUACAAACAUUGAUUAAACAUUCAUUUAUUUUGUAUUUUCCUCGUGAAUUAUUAAUGAUUUUUUUAAAGUACAAUACAGUACAUUGUAGUUAAGUACAGUACAUCUCCUAAAAUAUAGUGUAGUACAGUGACGUGCAGUACAGUACAGUACAGUACAGUACAGUACAGUACAGUACAGUACAGUUCAGUGCAGUUCAGAAACUGAACAUUGUACAAUGUACAUAGUAGUUUUCCGUAUAUAGCACAGUGCUGCACAUGAACUAUAAUAGAUAGUUUGAAAAUUCUUGUGAAAAAUCAUGAAAUUGGUCUUAUGUUCUCAGAAUGGUUGGACACCCCUAAUAAUGGCUGUUAAAGGAGGUUUUGAACAAGCUGUGACAGUGUUGCUUGAAGGAGGUGCUGAUGUUAACUACUUGGAUCAGGUGAGCUACAUGUACUGGCUAUAAAUUUGUAAGCAUGGAAAAACUAUUUCUAGUAAUAAACUGUAACAAGUAGAUAAUAUUUUGCCGCCGUCUGUUUAGUUAUCAGGUAUGAUGCCGUAACGUGGUGGGAUCGAAUAUUGGCCCACGAACCACCAGGAUGAGAGAGUCACUGAUAUUCUUACCCCUGGUUCGUACAAAGGCCUUUGGAAGUCUUGGAAAUUGAAAACAAAAACCAAAGGCCUGCUUGAAUUGUUAAAGAAGUACUUCAGUCUCGAAAGUGUUAAUUCAAUCUUCUUGCUUUUGUUUCCACGCGCACAUUUUGUUGAAUUGAUUUGUUCAUGUCUUAGAAAGCUGUUUGAAAUUCAUGAUGGUUUAAAUUUGAACAGUUUAACGUCACCUUUUACAGAGAUCGAACGCCGUCUUUGCUGAUUUGCAGCCUUUUGCUCCAUGAAUUUCAAGAUACAUGUCAUGGCUAUGAAACGUCCUUCAAUUUUACUCUUGCCAACCUGUACUUAUGGCUUGUUCUGUGUAUGACUGAGCAAACUACAUCGUACAAAGUGGUAUCUGAAUAGGGGGAUUUAAGGCUUCCGACGCCAUCUUAAAUCUAUUGUUUUCACCAUUGUGUUUGCACUCACUGCAAUUUUCCUAAAAGGAAAUUCUAUUGUAUUUGCACCGCUUGCACUAUUGUGUUUCAUUAUGGCGUCGUUAUCCUUGGAAGGAUCUAUUUUCAGUUAUUAAUAUUUAUAAAAGGCUUACAAUACGUUUCAUAAACACACAUCAUGGUUAUUAAUUUGCUAAGCCGAUAAUGUUCAGUAAGUCACCGUCAUAAAAAAGAUGGCAGAUGUCGAUUUUCCCAUGAUUUUUUGCGAGCAGAAAACAUUAUACCUUAAGAGAAUACCCGAAAAGAAAUAGUAUCAAGAUAAUCAAAUGUGUAAGAAAUACGUUAUUGAUACCUAAACUGAUGUUAGCAAGUCGAACUAUUUUAACACUUAUUAUAACCAAUUAGGUCCGCAAAGCAUUAUAGUAAGAUCGACAUCCGCCAUCUUAUUAUGGUAAUACCAUUUUAUCAUGGUAAUUUGUUCUCAUCGUAUUCAGAGUGCUCUGUACUGCAAUGAUCUCUUUCGCUAGCUAUAAUUUAAUAUUCGUUUUCAGAACAAUAAUUCAGCGUUAGUUUGGGCAGUAAAACAAGGCCAUACUGGUAUCGUUCGAAAACUGACCAAUCAUGGAGCUUUUAUCAACAUUCGCGACAAGGUAAGACGGCAUAUUGGUCUUUAUGCUCAUGAUAUAGAUCAGUUAGAGCUACAUUUGCCAUGGUGGGAUUUGGAUCACUUUUUACUGCAUGGGCACAGUAUGCAACACACUAAGCAAGAAGCGGCAAAAGAAGUACUCGUAAAGUUUUCUUUUUCAUAGGAAGGACUUCCUGUGUUGAUCACGGCAUGCAAAGAUGGACAUGUAGAAAUCGUGCGCAUAUUGUUGGAACAUUAUGCAGAUAUUGAGGCAGGGGACUUGGUAAGUUGGAAUCUCGUAUACAGCAGAUUUAAACGGUGCAUGUGAAUUAUUUUAAAUUUUGUUCGUCUCCAUGCAUAGAUAUAGACCCCUCUUCAAUGUUGCAUAUCCGACUUAACCACUCUUCGUAUUUGAUGAAAAAUCCCAUUCAACAUUUGCUUGGGGGAGCGGGGGGAUAAUUAUUUAGAAAAAACGCCAUUCGAGGCCAAAUUCUGUGGGUUGUCCACAACGUUUUGUCCAGGAUUGUAGAUAUAGAACAGAAUGUUGAAGGGUUCUUUUGCGUGGAGAUUUCGAACGAAAGCCAUAUAUAUUUUAGCUUAUCCAAUUUUGGUCGUGCUGACCAAGAUGAGUAAUCACUAGAGCUUACACACGUAAAAAUCACAACUUGUCAACGAGAAGUGUUCGCAACAGGCUUGUAACAAGCUUGUCAAAAAGCCGUUGACAACUUGUCAACAAGCUGGGAACAAACAGUGCGAACACAUCCUGUCGACAAGUUGUUGGAACAGCAUUGCUACAAAUCUGCUGCAGGUUUGUUACAACGUGUGCGUUUUUUUCUUGUGUAGGAACUACGCGGUAGCAAGGCAGUCGUCUUUAUUCUUUCUAAUUUCACAUCAUGUUACUCUCUUUUAUCUAUUAUCUUUUUGCAAUUGCCUUUCCAAAUCCAAAAAUUGGAUUUGAUAAGGAAAUUGGCAACCCAUGCACCCAUCCCCCCGCACACACCAUUUGCCAAGGCUAUAGGAAGUAUGCACUCCCUCCCCCUUAAACCCCUGGUAAAGCCCAUAAUAUGUAUAGUUUUUCGGCCAUCUAGUGCAAUACCCAUCAUCUCUGUGGAUUCUAAACUUUGCCGUAUGUACAAAAAUUACUACAGAUUGUAGCAGUUAACAUAAUUAUAUAUUUCAUGAUCAAUUGACAACUUGUCACAGGGUGGCAAGACUGCGUUGUGGUACGCUGUUGAGAAAGAUCAUACCGCUGUCGUGAAGGAACUUUUAGAGUUUGGCGCUUGUACAGAAUCCCAACGAAAAGUAGGUUUGAUGUGAUUUUUUAUGAUGAAAAAUUUAUUAUCAUUGUCCAAUUUUAUUAUGUUGUGUAUUUUUAAUUUAAACCUUCUAUUGCAAUUGCUCUUUGAUUUUUGGUUUCGCCUCUAUUUCAGUUGCCUUGAAUUUAAUUAAUAUAUGGCAAUUGAAAUUUGGCCAUUUAAUGCGUGUCUCACAAUCAUGCGCGAGCAAACGUUUAUUUGUAACUUGAUCGGGAUAUGGACGGGGAAUUGUGGUUAACGUUUUAGAAUUACCACAUGAAAAUGCCAUGGCAAAAUAAUGAGCAUUCUUUUAUAAAAUGUGUGUCGAAAAGCUCCCACGCUAAUUGGAAUGAUGUUUGUUUUGUCUUCGGCAACUUAACCGCCUUGUAAAUGAAGUUUUCGGUCCAUGUUUUUAAACAUCUGCGAGGGUCGUGGGUUACAUUUCUAGUUAAAAUAUAAGCAGUGACAAGCAACAAAGUUCACUUCACUGUAAUUUGUGAGCUUUUUCUUAUCUUUAGCGAACUUAUCUUGAAAGACCUAUGAAAGUGGCAUGAUUUCGUUUUUCGUAUGGGCUAAUUACUAAUUUGCUCCAAGUGAAAGCAACAUACAACAUACUGCUGUGUACUGUACUGUACUGUACUGUACUGUACUGUACUGUACUGUACUGUACUGUACUGUACUGUAUUGAAAGGUUAGGUGACAAUUUCGUGGGUCGAAGAUAAGUUGUUGAGAAUGGAUUGUAAACGUAUAAGGUCGCCCAAACUACCAUCGAAAACUGUAGGCUUACGUAUGCUUAUUGAACGACUUUUUGUGGUUUCUGUAUCUAACCUUGAACUCCGUAGAAGUCAUUCUAAUGUAUUCUUUGCCUUUGGUCGUUUCAUCAUGGGGCGGUGUUAUUUCUGCUUUAUAAACUACGUUGCUUUCAAACAUUUUUCAUCGAGUUACUCAUGCAUGGACAAUGUAAAGAGUAACAUAACACGCCACAACCACCGCCUCCUAACAAAAACCUCUACAGUUCCUAAACUCAAAGAAUGCGACUGCAGGGAAGCUAACGUAUGUCCGCUGGAUGAAAAUUGUUGAACAAAAGUUCCGAAUUCUUCGCUAAAUGUCGCCUUCGAGAAAAAUUCAGCGCAAGGGAAAUUCGAACGCGCGCGAGCAAACAAGACAACGCGUCAGCGAACGGUCUAUCGAUCUCGAAGAUAUAUUUCAUGUAUAUUUGAAGUUGUUUAACUUGUUUGAAGUCUUAUGUAUGUCGAUACGUUUGACGUUCCAUAUAUAUUUCGGUUGAAUUUCUCCUGUUUAUGUAUAAUAAAGCCGGGGUUUACACAUUCUAUCAUCAAGUUUCUGUUUUCAUGCUAUAUAUACUUCGAGUUUAACCCUCGACAUUGCACCAACGGCUCCAAAUCCACAAUCCUCGACUUCAGCUGCCCACUAUGUGUGCAUCAGUGUAUGACAUCAUAAUUGUUAUAAUUGGUUUAUGAACUGAACACAGGGGUUCUUGCAAGCCUUUGUUUAAUUACCAACAAUAUUUGCAAGAAUUUGAAGGAAGUCGCGUUUCGCCAGCUUGGCCUGUUCUACAGCGAGGAAAAACUUCGCGCAUUAGCUUUCCCCAGGUACCUUGAGACCGUUUCUUAUGGAUAACCUUGCUGCUACGUGCGAGUUGAAUCGAUUACAUUUUAUUGGUUUUUCGCAAUUUGGCGUCAAGUGUUAUAUAACUUCUAAGAUAAACAGCAACAGUCGCUGGAAAGCCGAACUUGUUGAAGCUGUGUAUAUUUCGGUUGAUCUUCGCUUGUUUGUGCUAAAAGGAUUUCCCUUUUACCUUUAGGAUGGAGAAACGCCAUUGUUGCUCGCAGUAAAGAAACGUCACACAGAGAUUACGUCGUUAUUGUUGGAAAAAAAUGCUGACUUAUCUGUCAGUAAUAAAGUAAGUUUGAAGUGGGAUUAAAGACGCAGACUUGACAUGUGGGACGUUUCUAAAUAAUGCAAAGAAAAAUCUUAGUAAAGCUACCGUUAGGACUUUCUAAUUCAAUUAAUGAAUUGAAGUAUGAAAUGUUGCAUUUCAACUUGAUCUUAUGCUUAAAGAUUAGACGAACAUGAAUAACGACCCCGCACACCUAAAGUGCUGUGUCUUGUAUAUACAGUAUAGUUCGCUAAACAGCUAGCCUAUAUAGCUAGUGUGUAUAUGUCUAGCAGUCAUAAAUUAUACAUCAGACCUUCGGCUUGGUCCUUCUUUUCAAAAUAGUUGCAUGAAAGACAUUAAAAACUCUCGCGUGGUCGAACACUGAAAAUUCCGACUUCGUAUGAUGUUUAGACUGGCAAGAAUCUCCGGUAGAUAAGACCUGAACUCUACGAUUGUAUGCUUGCAACUGUUUUAUGCAUGCAGAUGUUGUUUUAGCCGUACGUGUUUGAUUGAACCUUUUGGAACCGUCAAAUAUAUAAAUGCACCAGUACAAAAUUUAGAUGUUUUUAAGAAGUAGACGAGAUGAAACAUGGUGCCUAGUUGCGACAAAUCAGUCACGCACGUUAAUGUUAUAUAGUUUGGGUUUUAUAAUUAUAAGACGUUUAUAUAAAUAACAGGAUUAUAUGAAUAAUCAUUCAGAUGUUUGCCCCAUCAUACAACGUGAAACAGACGUUUCGACACCUGAUGCGUUUAUUCUUCACUGUUAUCUUGCCUAGCCUGUCAAGCAACAGUUGGUAAAACAAUUUUUUACGCAUGCCUUAUCUCUGUGUUGUUGUAUGUUUGAGAGCUACUUAAUUUUGAAAGUUGAUAAAAUAUUCUGAUAGAGAUGCUAUAUAUAAAAAGGUUGUUUCUUGUAGUUUUUAUAAAUAUCGUCUGGUUCCGGCAUUUUGAAAUUAAAGUGCUGAAGGUAGUGAAGAAGCUAAUUUUACCUCGCUUACUAUUGAGAAAUAUAUUCAGCCGAUGGUUCUUUUAUGAAUUCUGUAUAGCGUGCAUGUAACCAGUAAAGUUGGCGAUGCACGUCGACGUUUGCGAGCUUAUAAGCAUGAGCGACGUUUUUGACAACUCGUAGGCAAACCGGAAGUCAAUCGAGCCGUUAGUUAUGGCGAGUGGAGCAGUUCUUGCUUGAAAUGAAGACCGGCAGUCAAUGAAGUUUCACUUUCGUGAUUUCAAACAAUUAAGAGUUUAUUUAAGCUCUCUGUAUUGGACCUAUUAUACAUAAACAUCUAUUUGAAUAAUGUCAAAAAUUUAAUAUCAAAUUAAAUAACAUUAGUAUAGCGGUCAGACAUGGUAUUCAGCAUGAGGAUAUAUACACUGAAGCACUCUCUUGAUUACAGAACCUUUCCUGACUGCUGCCUUAGCACACUUGAAUGAUUGUACUUUAUUGUAUGUAUAUAGUAUAAUUUAUGCUCAUUUAUUCUUUCAGUUCUAUUCCCCAUUAACGACACCUCAAGGUUCAAAUUUAAGCAGUCAGUUUAUUAAUUGAAGAACUUGAUUCUUGAAUACCACGACGCCUCCCUAUGAUGACAACAAAAUUCUAGAAUAGAAAGCAAUAAGCCUCAUGCUGACACGUCUGAGAUAUAUUUAUCUGUUAUCAUAUAGCCGAUUUGGGCUCGGAAAAGGUUAUAGCAAAAUCUGCAUCGUACCGUAGCAAUACAUGCAUGCAUAUGUAUUAUUAUGUUUUAUUAAUAGGAUGCCGUUAAAAACCCUUUCGCUGUCAUUCAAUUUCUAUAUUACGUUCAUGUAGUGAGAAGGUGUGGAAAACAAACUUGUGAUAAUAAUAACAAACGUGUUUUAAGUUGUAUUGCUGAUUGUACGAUUGCUUAUACAAUGGCAGUAAAUUUUGAUUAAAGUUCUCGCUGACUUGUUUAACAAUGAAACAGUUUGCACCGGAUAUCACAUUGUCAUUGAUAACAGCAGAACGUUCUUAAAAUAUGCGUGUUCAAAAAAUUUCGUGUUGCUUAUUAAACCUAUUAUAUCAAUACUGUUAUAUGUAAAAGCGCAUUCUAAAAAGUCGGUCAGUGAUAACUAAUAUAGUCCAGCUGUGAUAAUGUAACUGAAGAACUAGUACUCGGGCAAGGAAGAACGCUAGAAAGUUAGUAAUUUAUAUCUUGACUCGAUAUGUAUAUCAAACCGUUAUAUGUUUUCGUCGCCAUUUUGAAAUUUAGUUACAUUUAACCUGAGUAUAUCAGUUACAACACAUAAUUUGUUAACUAUUGAGAAACCUGUCACCAGAGAUAAUAGACUGUAAUUAAUAUAAUAUGCGCUAUAAUAUCCUUUUGAAGGUAUGGUUCAAAUAGUCUGCCCAUAAGUAGUGUUAUAACAAAUCUAAACUUAAGCAUGCAGAAGUGGAAUUUUUUUUUUCUUUUUGGGAACCUGGGUUUAGGGCUCAAAAUUUUCGGCGAAGAUUACAAUAUAUAUAGCCAUUAUAGGUAUUUUUACCUCCCAAUAGUCACAUGGAUUAUGUUCAUUGAGACGCAUCUGUUGUCGAGUGAAGUAAUAUGUCUUUAAGACUGAUAAAACAUACAAGAUAAAUCCUGAAGUACAUGUAGUCAUAGUUACAUGAUUAAGAACAAAUUUCCUACUGCAGGAGUGCAGCCAUAACCGCUGUAAUUUAGUUCAAUAAUCAGGUAGUUAGUACGUAAUUUAGAUAUUCAAUCCAUAUCAUACAUCAAGAAAUGUCUCUGAAAAUUUAUGCAAAAUGUAGCUAUACCCCCCCCCCCCCCCCCCCCAUAUAUAUAUAUAUAUAUAUAUAUAUAUAUAUAUAUAUAUAUAUAUAUAUAUAUAUAUAUAUAUAUAUAUAUAUAUAUAUAUAAUUUAAUUUCUUAACUUAAAAUAUAGUCACAACUCUGAGUUUCACGCUCAAUGCGAUCUUCAGGCGACAAUGUUUAAAUCUCAAUAAAAAUUCCUGUAUGAUUACGUGCGAGAAAUUACAGAAAUUACCCACCAAUCUGUCAACUUCCUAGAUAUUAUCUUAAAUUUAAAUGAUGAAAGCUACCAACCCUAUCGAAAGCCUAACAAUGAACCACUUUUCAUUGACAGUCAUUCAAACCAUCCUCCUUCAAUCACAAAGCAUCUACCAUCUUCUGUUGGCAACCGAAUUUCCCAGUUAUCAUCGAAUCAAGAAGCUUUCUCUAAGUCUGCACCUCUUUAUGAAGCCGCACUCCACCGUAGUCAUUACCCAACAAAUUUAAGCUACUCCCCUAACAAUAAACAGAAAAAUAGAACGAGAACGAGAAAUAUAAUUUGGUUUAACCCACCUUUUAGUAAGAAUGUAAGAACAAAUGUUGGUAGAAACUUCUUAAACCUGAUUGACAAACAUUUCCCUGCGUCUAACCCGCUACACAAGAUCUUUAACAGAAACUUGGUCAAAGUAAGCUAUAGUUGCAUGGAUAACUGUAAAAGCGUCAUCUCCAAACAUAACCUUGGUACCCUUUUAAAGAAUAAAAGUGUUGUUGUAGCAUCUACCAAAGACAACUGUAACUGCAUAGAAAGCACUGAAUGUCCCUUAAACAAUAAUUGCCUUACAAAGAGCGUUGUUUAUAAAGCCGAGGUUACGGACGACACAGGAGUAAUUCGAGAUUAUAUUGGGAUGACAUCAAACACGUUCGAGAAACGUUAUUACAACCACAAGACAUCAUUCAAAGACCCGAGCUAUGUAAAAUCCACUGAGCUGUCCAAACACAUUUGGAACUUGAAAAACAAGAAACGUACAUUCAACAUCAAGUGGUCCAUUCUGAAGCAAGCAUCAUCUUAUCGCAGCGGCGCAAAAACUUGCAACCUAUGCCUCCAAGAGAAACUCGAAAUUUUGAAAGGUGAUAAGAAAAGAUUGCUGAACAGGAGAUGUGAGCUAUUCUCGAAGUGUUGCCAUCGGAAACAAUUCUUGGCGGAAAAAUUUGAACGUGCGCACGCAAUAACAUCACGCAAGUAGCCUAACGAACUCGCACGUAAUCACACAGGAAUUUUUUUAUUGAGAUUUAAACAUUGUCGCCUGAAGAUCGCAUUGAGCGUGAAACUCAGAGUUGUGACUAUAUUUUAAGUUAAGAAAUUAAAUUAUUUGCUCUACGUUAUUAAAUGGUAUUGAGCACUCUUUCUACACUGUAAAUUUGAUCAUCUUUGGUCUCAUUAAUAUUAUAUAUAUAUAUAUAUAUAUAUAUAUAUAUAUAUAUAUAUAUAUAUAUAUAUAUAUAUAUAUAUAUAUAUAUAUAUAUAUAUAUAUAUAUAUAUAUAUAUAUAUAGCUUAAGAUUUUGGUUUACGAAACACAAACAGUGCUCAAUACCAUAUAGAUAGAGCGUAAUAUAGUAGAGAUAGAGCGUAAUAUAUCGGUUCCCAGUUUCCGAUACUUUUCCUCCCUCUGAUUUAAACUACUAAUUAUAAGCUAUACAGAACUGGCUGUAUUGUAUGUUUUCCGGAUUGUUGCAGUUACCAGUGUCCCCAAACAUUCUGAGUCGUGAUACAAUAUUUUUCCCUGAGUUAAGGUGGAAACAAUUAUUGCUGACGUGAGCUUAUUUUUCAAAGGCCGUUUUAAACGGCAUAAAUUUUCGAGUUUCGAGAUUUCAUUCCCGUUUGGCUUAGAGAUUUUUCGUAUUUGGACUUGAUCUAAUUACACGUUGUUUUCUUGCAGAAGGGAGACACCGCAUUACAUAUCGCUGUUCGUAGUCGAUAUCGUCGCAUAACUGAGAUAAUCCUCAAAGACCCACGAAGUGCUCGAUUGCUGUAUCAAACUAACAGAGCCAGCGAGACACCUUACCGCAUUGAUCAGCGACAUAAAAAGAGCAUCUUAAGACCUGUUUUAGGUAAUUGUAUAGCCAGUGUGUAUAGCCUUAAUAUUUUUUUUAUAUUUUAAUGUCUUUGAUACUCUUGAAAAGUGCUUAUACACUCUAAAAUAGUCUGGUUAAAAUUUCCUGGUAAACAUAGAAGUGACUCUGUUUGGGUUGUCUUAAUAGCCUAUUCCUGAUUAAUUUUCCUGAUUAAUUUUCCUCGUACGUACGUUGUUUUAACUUAGGCCAAAUAAAAAAAAAACUUGGUUAGCGUCAUGCCGCCCGCCUCGCGAUUUCUGCCGCCUCUGAAUUUUUUUUUUGUAAAUCUCUUCGUUUCACAGCUUAAAACAGUUUAAUAUUUGAAAUUUUUCUCAUGCUCAGACCUUCGCGCUUGGGCUUGGGUAUACAAGGUUCUUAUAGCAAAAUGGCGGCCUUCGCAACAUCAGUACAAAAAAUAUCACCGAUAUGGUGGAAAAACUGCCCCCAUCCCCCCAAAAAAUACUAUUAAAAAAUUAAAAAACGAGUAAAAAUUAAAAACAAAACCCACCCUCCCGCCUCUGAAAAUUUGUGAGAGUGUGCGCUAACCAAGUAGUUUUUUUGAUUUGGCCUUAUUCUGGUUAUUUUAACCUAUUGCCUAGGCAUUAUCUAUACCUAACAUAUAAUCUGGUUAAUUUAACCAGGAAGUCUUGGUGAAAUUUACUAGGCAAUGGGUUAAAAAACUCAGGAGUAUUGAGUUAAGCCAAAUAGAGUUAUGUCUAGCUCAACCAGUAGGACAUUUAGGAAUCAUUGAACAUGCAGUAGAUUUCAAGGGCACUUGAGAAGCCCUUGAAAUUACAACGUUUGUGAAAAGUGCUUGAUAGGUACUUGAAAAUCACUUAAAAUUGAAAAUGAGGAAAUCGAUGAAACAAAGAAAAGGGUAAACGUUGAAGGAUGAUUAGGCUAUAUUAAUCUUUUUCCCCCUUAACGCGUUUGAAUAUCAGUCUUUGAGUCUAUGCAGACGAGGCUGAAUGUCAUCGCAUGCUUAAACAAUUUUAGUAUAAAUUUCCUUUAUUAGCUUUUGUGUGGAUGAUGUUAAGUUUGCCCGUCAUUAUUAAUAACUAGUUAAUCUUUGAAAAACCCUUAAUUUGAUGUACUGUAUGGAGACUUGCACGAGAAGAGAAUGAAGGCGAAUGUUCCAGCAGAUCGUUUGAUUCAAUUUACAUUGUUUUCCAUCGUUACUCGAAUUAGUGAGCUUGGCUGAUACAACGGCAACGUCAAUGAAGAAGCGAUCAUCAACAACAGAAUUUUUACUCUAUGCUUUUGUUUGGUUUGUUUUGGUCCAGUUUUUUCGUUCGUUAAUUACAACAUUUAACGUCAUAAUUGAAUCUACAAAUCUCUCUGAAGGAAUAGACUGCAAUGUUUAUUGCAUUCUUGCAUCAUUGACCUCGUUUUCAUGUUGUUAUUGCCUCAUUUUUCUUGCACAAUGAAGUUAAGGAUAGGUUUGCAUGUGAUUGGGCUCAAGAUCAAGGAGAAAUCAAGAUCAAGUGAAGUCCUUUUUGUUAAAGUGCCCCUGACACAAAAAAUUAUUUUCAGUCUAUUGAAAGUUGUGCAGUGAUGAUUUCAUAGCCACGUUCGUAAUGUUUUACACAGGAAUGGCGGAAGAUGACAAGCGUCAAACGGAGGAAUUGCUUGGUCAUAACGUCUAUGCAACAUCUCUGGCCGAAUUGCUCUGUGAACCAUCCCUAGAACUACCUCUUACUGUUGGUGUAUAUUCAAGAUGGGGAAGUAGCAAAGUUCACUUCUUCAAAAGACUUCAACGUAAGUGUCAAUGAACUUUAUUUCAAUCCCUAUUUAAUGUUAUUAAAAUGUAAAUUAAAGAUAUUAAUAUGGCUGUCGUAAUACCGUUGGAUAAAAAACGAAGAGCCAUAUGCUGUGCUGUACUGUGCAGUGCGUCGUACUCUACAGGUAAGGGUAUUGUACUGCAUUGCACUUUAUCGUAUUGUAAUGUUCCGUACCUACCUGCUUUCCCAGUACUUUACUUAACUUCAUACUUUACCUUGUUGGGAAUCCCGUUAGAGGCUAAAUGCUAAGCCAACUUAACACACUCAAAAUAGUUUGGCUUUUUCUAUAGAAUCACUUUAUAAAUCACAAAUCACCAGCUCUAAAUCACUGAUCUGAAAUAAGACUGGGUAACGCAUCUAUAGUAUACAAAAGUGAAGCCGGAAGUCACCGGCCGUCACCCGAUUAUGGGGCCCCACUUUUGUAUAGAUUUGUAUUACAGACGGUAGUUUUUCGCGUUUUUUGCCUUGACUACGUUUCCGAUCGGGCCAAUUUUACAAUCACAAAAAUAGAAGCAUACAAGAAGAAUUUUGAGCAAAAAAUUUGGAGUAUUAUGGCUUUAUAACGCCGCGAAACGGGAUUUACAACUCUGAAGGAGUGGAGAGCCUCAGACUUUGUUUAUCAACACGAGCUCGUUUUGCUACUUUCAUACAAAAUCAACUCAAAAUAUACAAGAAUUACUGUUACUGGACGAAUAUUCUCAGGAAAUUUGAAGAAAUGAAGCUGCUACAUUGUGAACGAAAGCGUACAGAGGUUAGUUUUAAAAUACCUUGAGGCUAUACUUUUAUAUUCAAAUUAUAUGAAUUAAAAUUAAAAUAACAUAUUGAGUCAUUGUUUAUAAGGCCUGUUCUUAAACGUCGCAUUUUACAUGUGCCGAAUGCAUUCAAAUUUCAAAACAUUAGAUAAUCAGCUGAAAUGCUUCAUUAUCCAUUGUUUUAAAUGCAUUCAGCGCAUGCAAAAUGCGACGUUUAGAACAGGCUUAAUUUGAAUUAAAAAUAUUUGAUUGUCACUUGUCUUCCUACUUUAAAACAUAUAAAACUUCUCGACAAGGCGCCGAGGAAUGCUCUUGACAAAUUUGAUAUUUAAAACUGUUCCUUAUAUACAAAUUCAUAUAAAUAUUAUAAAAGUAGCCUCAAGGUAUUUUAAAACUAUUUAAACCUCAAUACGCUUUUGUUCACAAUGUAGCUGCUUCAUUUCUUCAAAUUUCCUGAGAAUAUUCGUCCAGUAACAGUAAUUUCUGUAUAUUUUGAGUUGAUUUUGUAUGAAAGUAGCAAAACGAGCUCGUGUGGAUAAACAAAGUCUGAGGCUCUCCACUCCUUCAGAGUUGUAAAUCCCGUUUCGCGGCAUUAUAAAGCCAUAAUACUCCAAAUUUUUUGCUCAAAAUUCUUCUUGUAUGCUUCUAUCUUUGUGAUUGUAAAAUUGGCCCGAUCGGAAACGUAGCCAAGGCAAAAAACGCGAAAAACUAACGUCUGUAAUACAAAUCUAUACAAAAGUGGGGGCCCAGAAUCGGGUGGCGGCCGGUGACUUCCGGCUUCACUUUUGUAUACUAUAGAUGCGUUAUCCAGUCUUAUUUCAGAUCAGUGCUCAAAAUUCACAGUCUCAACAGUCAGGCUACAAUCACUACCUUUAAAUUUGAUACCAUUACUUAAUUAGCCUAUGACUCAUGCAUCUGAUUAUAGAAAUUAACCUAGGCAAUUACAUUAACCUAGUUAUUAUAAUUAAUAUUACAACAAUUCUCAACAAUCUAUAACUCACAUCGUGGGUCUGAAGAUGCUAAUCUUCGGAUUGUGUUUUUAUAUGUUUCGAUUUUGUUGGAAAUUCAUCAUCAGAAAACCACGAAGUCAUUAUUGACUUGUAUCAACUCAGGUGUCAAUCUUUAUAUUACGUAUUCGACGAAAUUAUGCGCGGUUACUAGUUCAAAUUUUCACUUUCUCUAUUUAACAGAGGAAAUGCAAGAAAUAACACAACAGACGAUUCGUCCAAAGCUACAUUUCACGUGUUUCGGGGUCCUAUCUUGUCUCUUUUUCUGCACACUGAUUGGUAUUGGUUUCUGUGCCAUAUUUAACUGGAUCGUUGGUAUCGCUGUUGGAUGUGCUGCAUUUGUUUUUAGUAACCUUGUAUUCUUAUUCAUGUUGCUGUGGGACAAUCGGCUUUACCAUAAGACGGAGCCCUCGUGGGUCAACCAAUAUUUUUGCAGUUUUUCCAAUUAUUUGUAUUUGCUGUAUCUCGUUGUCUUCUGCGCGCCGCCAACUGUCACGUACUUACGCUCGUCGCUGCCCGUACAUUACACCUUCGCAGAUUUCAGUAAGCUUACACGAAGUAGCAGUGAAGCAACUGCACUUGUUAGUAUGGUGGAGACGCUUAACGAGGUGAUUGAAGGAAACUUCGGCUGUAUUGCUUCACGGCUGUACCGUGUAUUACGACCUCCUUUAGUGGAGUAUGUUGGCCUGAAGCAUUCAGAUCCACAGUUUAAGAAAUGUUGCUGUUGCAUACCGAAAUUAAUAAUGUUUUUCUUUGUUGUGAUAUGCGGUGCAGUCGCAAUUGUUUUAUAUACAGAGAUUGGGUCUGAUAGUGGAUCUCUUGUAGCCGGUCUACAGAUAUCAGGCGCAUGCGUGGUGGGUAUUUCAGUCAUUAUUCAUGCGACCACAUUUUGUUCUGUGAUAUACUCGUUGUUAUUCUCUCCAAAAAGACGCGUGUCCAUUGUAGCGACUCAGUUGGGCCUUAAGGAGGAAGGAUUUAUACACGCCCUUAAACAGGAAGUAGAGUUGCUCACCGAAAUCGUCCUAGCGUUGGAUAGCUUCAAGAAGAUUCAAACUAGAAUAAUUUUGUUUCUCGAUGGCCUUGAAAUUUCUGAGCAACAGAAGGUGUUGCAUUUGGUGGAUUCAAUAAAUCUACUCUUCACCGAUCCGGAUGCGCCGUUUAUUAGCGUAAUCGCUAUAGAUCCGCGUGUAAUGGUGCGCGCGAUAGAACAAAACUUCAGUAACGUUCUGCAGGAUUCUCAUAUUACUGCGUUGGACUACUUGAAGAAUAUUAUUCACCUUCCGGUAUUUUUACCUGAACCUAAAACGAAUUUUAGUGGGAAUCUUCCUGACGCACUCAGGUUAUCUGUAGAGCAGUUAUUGCGGCACCGUAAGACAAGCGGAUUUGAGUUGGAAUGGGAAGGCGAGAGUUUGGAAUUAUCACCGGGUUCUGCUCGUGAUCAAUCCAAGAGUAAUGGUCUUCUGAGCACUAACAGACAUAGUACGGUGUUAACUAUUGACGAAGGUAACAUUUCUGGUUGCCGUUUAAAUCGCAGCUACAACGAUAUCCCUGGUGAAAAACACAACGAAGAGACUCCAGAUUUGACACAUGUAUUAGCAGACAAUGAGACAUUAACUCCACUUGGCAUACAGAGGUUACUGCACACUACGUCGUUAAGUGGACGAUUACUUCGUGCAAAAGGACUUAACUUUCAGUGGAACGCUUUAGCAUCUUGGGUGAGUUUGGUCGACGCCUGGCCUUAUAGAGUUUCGUGGCUCGUAUUGAUUAUCGAAGAAUUUAUGAACGUGCUUCCCGACAAUCUCCCUCUGAAGACAUUAUUUACGACGACUCAAUCCUGGCUACCUAACUCAAGUGGUUAUGAGUACGCGUUGGAUAAUGAUCCGAUGUACUUUGAAUCUUACCUUGGCAAUCAUUUUCCAGUGUUGAAAAUAGACGAAGUUAGGAAAUUUUUAGUGGGGACAGUCAAUUUGGAUCCUGCUAUCCGGAAUCAACUAUCUCAAGGCCUGCAAGCUCCGUCUAAUAACACCUUGAACAAGGUAGACAUAUCUGGCAAUGGCGGAAAUGAGGUAAGUGUUUUUGAUAUUUUGUAGGCAAUUUCCAGAGAAAAGUGACAGCUAGGUUCGUCACAAGUGCUACAUGAACAUAGUUUGUCUAAUAAUUUAAUUCGUCUGUGUAUAAACGUGCAUGAACGACGAGACGGAUUAACAUUAAAAACAAACUGCGCACGCAAAUAGAAGAACUCCGGGUUCCCAAUAUAGAAGCCGGCGAAUUUCGCUUCCGAUAUAGUGAACCCAGAAUGUUUCCUCUUCAGCACAGAAAUUUCGUACUUCCAAAGCAAAGCAAUUAUUAAAGGCACGGAUGAACAGCUAAGCUCGAACAUUGCUAUUGGUUAAUUAGGCGAACAUAUAAUACGCACGUGACCAAACGAAUAAACCCGGAGCAAUAACAUAGAUUAUCUGUUGUUUUGUGAUUUCAACGAGUCAGGAAAUCACGUACCUUAUUAAUGGUGUUCAUAAAACGGAACACCGGUGUAACAUUUGUUGGGUUUUUUUAUUCUGGCAGGGUUCUUUAGAUUCUAUGGAUCUUACUGGAUUAAACGAGGAAGGCAUUUGUGUUAAGGUAUGUAAAAAUGGAUUCAUACUAAAUUCCUAUUUCGACCACUGUUAUAUAUUCGAAGAUAAACUUAUCUGGAACUAUUCUGGUUCGGUCACAUGAGGCGAGAAGUGAUAGACGCUGGUCGCGAAGACUUGUCUCCUCCUGAGAAAAGUAACAUGGAGCGAUCGAAAAUUUUCGGGCGAACACUUGACAGGAGACUUGUGGUCACACGGAGCGACAUUUCCAGUAACACUCAAGUCAAUUUUAAUUUGUCUCAGCGACAUGUCGCAUGAACUGUUCACACGAUCGGACAGGUCUCAAGAAGGCAAUUUUGUGCCCGCGACCAGAUCAAAUCGGGCUGAUGUCUUCACCCAUGUCACACAGUGAGAUUUUGUCACCGCGGCCAACUCCUUUGACUUGUCGCCGCUUGUGACCGAACCUUUAAGGUAGUUCAUUAAGAUGGAACCUUUAAGGUGGGAAGACUAACUCUCGUUUAAUCAGAAUUUCUAUGCAGAUAUUAUCUCAUAGUCGGAUCGUUAAUGUACAAAUUUGCUCUCAUCUAUACACGACUGAGAUCUUUGACCGGUGCCCAAAAUUUAUUCAUGAUUGCUUGGAAUCCGAAGGUAUUUUCGUGUCCUGGUGGUCUAUAUAUUUCCUUACAACGAAGAAAUAUCACAUUUAUGGACCUUUCCAAUGACAACUACUUAAAAAAGAGCAAAAUGAGCUAUAAAACGACGCUUUAUAGAUGCAUGGUAAGGAAGUCCAAAGAUGUUAACUAUUUGAAGAUCUGGGUUUGGUUGUACGAAGGCCGUAUAGCGCUAUAUCCACCGGAUAGUGAUUGUUUCAAGCUUCCUAAAAUGGUAUAACCCAUUGAACUUUAGUAUUUAUAAUUUCAUUACUUAUGUAAUUUAGCUGAACCAUCUUCCUGUGUCUUUUUUAACUUCCUUAAUUACUUAAUGUUUCCCUUUUUGUUGUUUCCAGUUCAUUACUUAUUUAUUACCCAUUAAUGGCUUAGCUGAACCAUCUUCCUGUGUCUUUUUUAACUUCCUUAACUUAAUGUUUCCCUUUUUGUUGUUUCCAGAAUUUAAUGGCCUGUUUGCAUGUACGCCUGUUGCAUGGGUUUCCCGGGUAACUGUUUAAAUGGCACAACAGGGUUAUUUACCUUUCCGAGAUCCAGACAGAGAGUCUGUAAACACUUUACUAAUCUGGAAGUCUGGGUAACUCGCCUCUGUAUAAAUAUGCUCUAUAAAAAAGCCAGACGAUUUAGCUCAUCAUUCUGAUAGUCAUGCGACCUUUUAACGCGCUUUUCUUCAGCUCUCGCAGAUUGACGGCAUUACUCUUACGAUGGUUCCCUCGUAUCAGACGACUGUUCGUGAGAAUCAUAUUAAUGGUCGAGUCCUGUGCGAAUGCGACAUGUUGGAGCUACGAGACGUAAUGGAAAUGAAUUUUGGUGAUUGGCAGUUAUUUCGUGCUUGGGUGAUGCGACAUCGAGCGACGCUGCAAUCAAUUCAGCAAAAUGGCAGGUAAAUUGCAUAUUACCAUCAGAUUCUAUAGGUAUAGGUCCAAGUGUUCGAUUAUUCGGUGAAGCAAAAGUUUGAUGUUCCAAAAGUGUAAAAAUUAUUUAUGAACGUAUAUUAAUAUAUGACUUGAUUUUUGCAUGCAAUCUUACACCCGAUCUAGAAUUAGCAAACUGUAGAUGGGUGGGGAUUCAACUAUAGCUACAGUACAUGAAAAAUACAACAAAAACGUCGCCGUUUCGAGCGAAGGCCCUUCGUCGGGAAGUUAGUAUUUUUCAGAUCGUUGAAUCCCUAAUCAUCUACAGUUUUUUUUGGUGUUUUAAAUUUGUCACUACCUAUCGAUUAGCUUUAUAAUAUAAACCAUAAUUUUACUUUGUGAAACCAUGCCAAAUGAAAACCAUACUGUACAUUAAGUAUACUAUUUAACUGAAACACGAGUAGGACUGACAUAUCUGAUAAAGCACGGACUGCGAGUGUUUUAAAUGGCUUAAAAAACGACCCAUCUGAUGGGUUCAUUGUCGAAGUAAUUUUUUCAAAGCUAAAGUAAUUAGCUACUUAAAUUAGCAUGAUUUUCUAUCACAUAUAAAACCACGGGACACGGCAGUGAUUUACUUUGUCUUUUCCUCAUUUUUUAUUAUAAGAAUAUUAUUAACAGUUGCGUGUAAUAACUAUAUAUAUAUAUAUAUAUAUAUAUAUAUAUAUAUAUAUAUAUAUAUAUAUAUAUAUAUAUAUAUAUAUAUAUAUAUAUAUAUAUAUAUAUAUAUAUAUAUAUAUAUAUAUAUAUAUAUAUAUAUAUAUAUAUAUAUAUAGAGGCCUGUUUAUUGGCUUCUUAGUUUUUUAAUAUCAACUGACGAAGAUCGGAGGUUUCUGAUCGAAACGUCUUGUAAAAACUUUUUUAUAAACGUGAUUACGUUUUUUACAUAGCUAGUGACAAGAAACUUUUAAUCUUUUAAUAUAUAAAUAUGAAUCCUAGCUGCAAUUUUAGCAUUUUUCGAUAUAUAUAUAUAUAUAUAUAUAUUGCGUUUCGGUGCUCGUCUCGGUUACGAUGGUCCUCGCAUGUCAAAAUUUUCGAAAAACCUCAAGUCUGCCAUUGACAAUCCAACUAUUGUUUCAACUAACUUAGCUAAGGAAGUUGCUCUUGGCCACACAGCUGGUCCUUUCACCAAUCCGCCAUUUGCUAAUUUACAGGUUUCGCCAAUUGGCAUUGUACCUAAAAAGCAUUCAGAUAAAUUUCGAACCAUUUUUCACCUCUCGUUUCCAAAAACGGGAGAAUCAAUCAAUUCCUUUAUCGAGAAAGACGACUUUUCAUUGCAGUACACAAAAAUCGACGACGCAAUUGCGGCUUUAAUCCGAUUAGGCAGAGGCACUUAUCUAGCUAAAACUGACAUAGAAUCUGCUUUUCGUCAAUUCCCUGUUCAUCCUGACGACUGGGAGUUAUUAGGCAUAUAUUGGAACAAGUCCUAUUAUUUUGACAAAGUGCUGCCAUUUGGUCUGCGUAGUGCGCCGUAUAUUUUCAAUCCACUUUCGGAUGCACUUGAAUGGAUUUUACUCAACAAGUGUUUUAUAAGCUAUGUUGGGCACAUUCUAGACGAUUUUCUCAUCAUGGAACCACCGGCCCAAACUGGGCUACCUUCUCAAGCAUGCCAAACUAGCCUUUCUAGCAUGUUGCUAACAUUCCGCACGUUAGGUGUUUCUAUUGCCGAGCAUAAAACUGAAGGACCCAGUCUCAUUAUAGAAUUUCUAGGCAUUAUCAUUGACUCACAAAAGAUGGAGGCUCGUCUUCCAUCCGAUAAAUUGAACCGUCUAUUUGUUGAUUUAAAUUCGUGGCACACAAAAAAGUCAGCUACACUCCAAGAGCUCCAAUCACUAAUUGGCACAUUAAAUUUUGCAUGCAAAGUAAUUGCCCCGGGUCGAGCUUUUUUGCAACGUAUCAUAAAUCUAACACGGGGUGUCUCCAAACCACAUCAUCACAUUCGCUUGACGAAUGGUUUUCGCGAAGACGUAAAAAUGUGGCAACUUUUUCUUAAAGACUGGAAUGGGACAAGUCUAUUUCUCAACUCUUUCUGGGAAAAUUCUACAAACCUUUCUCUCUAUACGGAUGCCUCGGGGACCCUUGGUUUUGGGGAAAUUUUUCGCAACCAGUGGUUUCAGGGUAAAUGGUUGCCUCACCAAACACUUACCACAAAAAAUAUCAGCAUUGAUUGGCAAGAGCUCUAUGCUAUUGUGGUAGCCUCCUACAUAUGGGCACCUUUAUGGGCUCAAAAACGAAUUGUGUUUUACUGCGAUAACCAGGCAGGGGUUUCCAUAAUCAAUUCCAAACGUUCAAAAAGCCCUCGUAUUAUGGACUUAGUGCGUCCUUUAACCUUACAAACACUGAAAUAUAACUUUUAUUUCAAAGCCUUACAUGUGCCUGGUCAUUAUAAUGACAUUGCUGAUUCUAUCGCCCGUUUUCAGCAAACCAGAUUUCGGCGGCUAGCACCGCAUGCAGACCAUCAACCUCAACCUCUACCAGAGGAACUUUCUCGUUUCUAGACGCUGACU